AUGAGGAAUGUGGCUUGGGGGAUAUCAGGUGAUUUUAACACUUAUUUGUAUGAAUAUGAGAAGCUAGGUGGUAAUGGGCAUAACUGGAAUAGCAUGAGGGAGUUUCAAAAUUGUUUAAAUGAAUGUAGCCUGUCUGACAUUGGUAAUCAAGGUCCUAUUUUCACUUGGCAAAGAAGAAAUCUUCAGGAACGACUUGAUAGGGUUUGCGCUAAUGAUAAUUGGAACAUGGUUUUCCCUAACUGUGUGGCUUUCAACUUGCCUUUUUUUGGUUCUGAUCAUCGACCAGUGUUAUUAUGGGAAGGUCAGCUUGCUAUUUAUCCGAGAGGGGAGCGUCCUUUCCGGUUUCUAGCAUCCUGGUUAACAGAAAGAACUUUUCAUGAGGUGGUUAAUGGAUGUUGGUCAAAUAAUGUAAACUGGAUGCAUGUUAUGGAGAAGUUUUGGAUUAAUGCUUCGGAAUGGCAUAGAAAUGUUUAUAGGGUUACUCUGAAAUGA